AUGUGCAGACUAGAGCCAUUUCUGAAGAGGUCCCUGGUGGUCCUCCUUUUCCUGGGCCUGGCAGAGGCCUGCGUUCCUCGUGAAGUCGCAAUGGAAGAGAAAAGGUUGAUGGGCAGACUGUCCCCGGAUGGUUUCAGGCAAAACAUCAUAUCCUCCUCCAAGACGCCUCCCCUGGUAACCACUCCAGACAAGUCAGAAGAAGAAAGUAAAAGCUUAAAGAGAUGGGUUGGUCUGCUGAGCCUCCAAGUACUGAAUGAAGAAACAAGUAACUGCAAAGAAGAAGUGAAGCCUCCUCCAGCCACCACCACAGUCAGGGGACUUGUGAGGAGCAGUGGAUGGAACUUUCUGCGGUGUGCCUACAUGGUGAUUACGUUCUUCUUCGUGUCCUACAAUAAAGGAGACUGGUGUUACUGCCGCUAUUGUAACCCGGACCUGGAUUUGAGAGACGACCCCUGCUGUUCCUUCCAGUGA